CGGCCAAAGCUUUCCGCUACUGCGUUGAUAAUACGCCAUCCGCGUAAACAACAAACAACUCUGAAUAUAGUUGGUGUGGUUCAACUAUUAUUUUUCAGUUUUCCAACGAUCCCGCGCUACUGCUUUGUGGUGCCGACUCAAAAUUGGAAAUGGACACUGGCCCGCAAGCAUACGGGGCUGGCAAGGUCGGCGGAGCGUUCAACGUGCAGAAUUUCGUCCGCAAGCCUCAAGUGUUCGUCAGACUAUUGUCGUUGCUAUUCGGUUUGAUCGUAUACUUUUGUGUGUCGUCCGGCUCAUGGACUGUAGACAAGAACACUGGUGAAGAGAUUUGUAUGUUUAACCUGAAGAAUUUCGGGUGCCAUAUAGGCGGUGUCGUUGGAUUUACAUCGGUAAUCGGAGCGGUUGUAUUCGUCGGCGGUGAAUACUACUUUGAAAAUGUGCCUUCGGUAAAGAGUCGCAAGCAUUACGUUCUUCUCGACCUUGGAUUUUCAAGUCUUUGGGCGUUUUGGAAUUUCUUGCUCUUCUACUACCUGUCCAGUUCCUGGAGCGAUACUCCCGAAUUCCCCGAGUCAAUAAGCACUGCCAAUCCUACAACUGCCGUUUAUUUCACAUUGUUCGCCAUAUUUUCUUGGGCUGCUUCGGCGUACUUUGCUUACCAGAGAUACCAGAUGGGAGUUGACCCAGCAUUCGUAUCGUCCUUUGAAGCCGAUCAGUUUGGAGGAUACGACGAAGCACAAAACAACUCUAGCCACGAAUCACCGUUUAACAAACAGAUUUCAGGAGAAUACCAAAAUCAAGCCUAUUAGAUUCAAAAAACUCUUCCGAAGCGAAACUGAAUAUACCUGCAUAGGUUUACUAACAAGAAGAAAUAUACUUUUUAGUUAUUAAUAAUCAUAUAGUCAUUAAUAACAACCGGGGUGUUGCCGAAAUCGUUAACAUUUCUACUUAAACAUUUAAAAAAAAAAAUAUGCGUUUUAAAUUAUAAAACGGUUUAAAACGGUAUCAAACUUGUAAAUUCUUACAACUCAAAUUGCGUUGCUCGACAAAGCAAUAGACUUUCCUUAAUUUUUAAUUGGCAAAACUAACACUACUAUACAUUUUUUAAUUAUUAUAUAACAAAAGUAAUAAGUAUAUAAUAUAUACUAAUAUAUAUAUUAAUAUUUUCAAUCAUUAUAAUUGUUAUUACUGUCCACUUUAUUUAAACUAAGUAUAUAUACGAUUAUUAUUAUAUUACAAAUAGAUAAAUAAUAAAAUAAUAACUAUAGUGUUAUAAACAGUACUUUUUUUUAUGUUUUAACAAGUAUAAUAAAUUAUAAUACUUAUAAUAUAUUUUAUCUCGAGGAAAGUUUGAAGUAGUAUUGUGGCGCUGAUAAAGGAAAAUCGUAUAGUAUGUAUAAAAUAUUAUGUUAUAUAGGUGAAUUAUCAUUGUACAAUAAUACUAAUAUUGACUGGUGAAAAAAAUAUCUAUAUCUAAGAGCUUUUAAUUAAUGUUGUAUGCAUUUAUAUUUUUUUGGCGUUAUUUAUAUAAAUCAUAUUGUCAUGUAACAUAACUACUAAAGCUGAUAAAUUCGGUUUAAUCGUAAACUAUUAUAUAAAUAUUUAUGAUAGAGUUAAAAUUCAAUCAUGUUAAACAACAACAAAAGCUGUGUUGAUAUUUUA